AUGUCCAAGUCUCGCGCCCCCCUCGCCCUCGGUGCCCUCGCCGCCUCAGGCAUUGGUUACUACCUCUACAGCGCCGGCGGCAACCCCAGAGCAGCCGAGAAGCAGUUUGAGAGCGACGCCCACCGCGCCGCCGCCAAAAUCGAAUCCAAGAUUCCCACCAACUACCCAACCCACACAACCCACAAGGCCGAGAAAGAAGGCACCCGCCUCGGCCACGAGGUCGGCACCAAGAUUGACUCUGCUGUAACCACCGUCAACCGCGACCUCAGCCAAGCCAAGCACGAAGCCGAGGCCAUCGCCAAACAAGCCAAGGCCGAUACCCUCAAGAAGAUUGACGAGUUUGACCGUACGGUCGAGGAGAAGGCCGCCAAGAGCAAGAGCUACCUUAGCUCGUGGUUCGGGAGCAAGUAA